CCUUCAGGCGGAGCCACCGCCAGGGUGUCCGGGCUGAGUCUGGGGAGAGUUUUCGGGUCUCAGAGCGGCUGAGAGUCGAGUUCCCUCCGCCGCCGCCCGGAUCUGCUGAAGGAAGCGCUCCAGGACCCCUCCCGACAGCCUGAAGUGUCCAUUAGAGCACCGUCUGGUCUCCCGACUGGCAGGACGGACAGCCUAUGGGCAGCUCCAGGACCGCCCUGCUACUCUCAGCAUUCCGCCCCUACUUCCAAGAUGUCCGGCUGAGCGGUUGGUUUUCGUCUGAAGUUGAGCUGCAGCGGGUGCGACGAUGUCUUCACGAAGAGGAAAACCCCUCGCGCGUGGGCAUCCAGGACCCCCACAGGAGAGAAGUUUCCUAGUGAUCGGGACCAGAAGACUCCUUCUGUUGCUCUCGCAGUUCCUUGUCCUGUUCCCGGCAUUGGUGGAUCCCCACUCCCUGAGGUACCUCUACACUGCGAUGUCCCGGCCGGGCAUCGGGGAGCCCCGCUUCAUCGCCGUGGGCUACGUGGACGACUCGCAGUUCGUGCGGUUCGACAACGAUGCUGCAAGUCCGCGGGAGGAGCCGCGGGCGCCCUGGGUGGAGCAGUUGGGGCCUGAGUAUCUGGACAGGAACACCAGGACCUACAGCGCCACCUCACAGGCUUUCCGAGCGGGUCUGAACAACCUGCGCGGCUACUACAACCAGAGCGAGGAAGGGUCUCACACCUUCCAGUGGAUGUGUGGCUGCGACCUGGGGCCAGACGGGCGCCUCCUCCACGGGUACAGUCAGUUUGCCUAUGAUGGCGCCGAUUACAUCGCCCUGACCUGGGACCUACGCUCCUGGACCUUGGCGGAGAUGGCAGCUCAGAUGACCAGGCGCAAGUGGGAGGAGGCAGGAACUGCAGAACGCUUCAGGGACUACCUGGAGGGGGAGUGUGUGGAGGGGUUGCGCAGAUACCUGGAGACUGGGAAUGAGACGCUGCAGCGGGCAGACCCCCCAAAGACACAGGUGACCCACCACCCCACCGCUCAGGAUGAGGUCACCCUGAGGUGCUGGGCCCUGGGCUUCUACCCUGCGGAGAUCACCCUGACCUGGCAGCGAGAUGGGGAGGACCUGACCCAGGACACAGAGCUGGUGGACACCAGGCCUGGGGGGGACGGAACCUUCCAGAAGUGGGCAGCUGUGGUGGUGCCUUCUGGAGAGGAGCAGAGAUACACGUGCCAUGUGCAGCAUGUGGGGCUUCCGGAGCCCCGAGUCCUGAGAUGGGAGCCCCCUCCUCAGCCCUCCACCCCCUCCGGGGGCCUCAUUGCUGGCCUGGUUCUCCUUGGAGCUGUGCUCGCUGGGGCUGCAGUGGCUGGGGCUGUGAUGUGGAGGAAGAAAAGCUCAGGCAGUGACCGUCCCCAGGCUCUGAGAUGACUCUCUUCCCCUAAAGGGCCCGUUACCCUCCCGACCUGAGCCAAGUGUUGACACCCGACCCUCAAGGCCCUGGUCUGCCGGCUCAGAGCUCCCGGCCCCUGCUGCCUGUGCCUGAGCCCAGGGACUGCCUGAGCGGCUCAGCCCAGCUCCCUGGGCUGAACUCGCCUCACUCAGCUCAGAGCACUUUCUCCCUUGACACCUCCAUGUCAGAUGACAGCACUGCUCAUCUCUGGGGUCAGGUGACAGCACUGCUGUGACUCUUUCCCUGGUUCCUCCUGAGGAGGCUCCACAGCUCUCCUGUGCUCUGUCACCUUGGAUGUCUGUGCAGGUCACGUAAUAUACAUAUGGGUAUGUGUGUGUGUGUAUUUAUGUAUAUGCUAAUUUGUGCAAUAUUUUGUCAUUUAUAUUCUAACUAUAACCAUGCAUAUCCAGCCUAUGUGUUAUUUCAAGUCAGGGAAGGGACAGUAUGAGGUUGUGGGGAGACGGGCAGUAGACCUGGCACAAAACCCCCAGCCCCUGCUCCCCAGCCCCCAGUUGUUGACAAAGUCACAGGGAAGCGUACAGGGCUGGAGAAGCUGGAGUGGGGCAUCUGGGGCCACUGUCAGGGGCUGAGCCUGGGGUGAAUCUGUCCUGAUGGUGCGGUCACGUGGUAGAGCAGAGCUGAUGUGGGGAGGAGAAGGGGACAGUGCAUUGGGGUGAACUUGUGACAGGGUAAUUCACAGGAUUCCAUGCAGCACCCCAAAGAAAGGUGGAGUUGAGCAGGGAAGGGAAGCAGAGAAGCCUGAGAGAAGGAGGAAGGGGCACAUGAGGAGGAUUGGGGGGCACACGGAGCAGAGACCUGUGAGGAAGCUGCACUUGCUUCUUGGCCUGGGACUUGUACCAGAGUUGGGGGACCUAGAAGGAGAAAGUAGAGAUAGGGAUGCGUGUGAGAGAUGGUGGGGAAGCUGAUGAUGGCAGCUUUGAUCUUGAUUUUGGUUUUAAAUUUUUAACCUUUCCUUGAAGACUCGCCUGGCCCCAUGUACCCCUUUCCCAUGGUUCCACACCAGAAGGUGCCUUAGACGUGGGGCAAGAUUUUGGGCCUCAGCCAUCCUGGUUAGGGCAACCACUUUGUCUGAUCAUUUACCCAGAGGAGAUGAGUAAUUUUGGGUGUUUGAUUUGCAAAUUUUUCUUUCUCUUUUCUCUAAUACAGUAAUUGUAUUCAAGUUCUUCUCCAUUGACUACACCAGAGUAUGUUUUGUGUUGAUGAGGUGGAAGGCAGAGGCAUUCACAGGCAGGUUUCGGGGUGUCUGGGGUGCUCUUCCCCCUGCCCUGUAACAGCCUCACCAUGGAGUUAGGGACCAGGUUGCUUCUGGGAUGAUUUGGCCUCGGGCCUGUGCUUGGACUGAGCUGCAGAGAGAAUAAGUGAGCACAGAGAUAGAGGAACACCCACAGCCCUGGCACCUCCCCCUCAUCAGUGAGAUUUCUGCAGACAGAUGAGGAGGCCUCAGUGCUUAUUCACUUUGGGAGGCACACAGACUUGGCACUCUUCUUGGGCAGAAAUGACCUAACCCACCCAGGUUCAACUUUGAUGACAGAGAGCACUGGGGUUGUAGGGGAGGAGUGGGGGGAGGGAACACCCUCCCCCACUAACAUUUGAAGGAACCCAGGAGGCAGCAAGACCUGUUUGGAAAGAAGAGAAGGAUGAGGGUUCUGUUCCCCUUACCUAGGUUCACAGUUGAACAAGAAGGACAUUGGCAAAGAAUUCAUCUGUACAUCUUUUCAGUUUUGUAUAUGUCAAUAUACAUCAAAUUGUGAUUCAGGGUUGAUGUCAUUCACGCCGAGCAUUCAAGUAUUUUGCUGUCAAAUGUCAUUUGUACCCAGUUGUUUUAUGUAUAAACAUCAUACUCUUGCGGGGUUUUAUUUAUUUUUUUUUUUUUGUGCUUUUAUUUGAAUCAGCAGCACUGCUUGUAAUUAAGAUGAAAACAUUGUGCAAGAUUUCUCUUGAGAUUGAUACCAUUGUAGUCCUCUUUUCAGAUGUUCCCUCCAGUUCUUUUCAUUUAAUUUUAUUUUCUAAUUUUAAACACUUUAUGUAUGCAAACAAGUACUGGGGUGUAGCCAGAGG